AUGACGAUGGAAGCGGUCCCAACCGUUCGGUUUGACGACGACCGCACCCAAGACCGAGGAAGAGAUGGAAAUAUUGGAGAUUAUGAUGAAGAAUGGAAGAAAGCCGAGUUGCUCAGCGGGGCAGCUGAGUUCUCGCUGCAUGUUGGGCGCAUGGAGAAACCUCGACGAGCCCAACAAAACCUCGCAGCCGAGCUCGGUGGCGAUGCGGACGACGACAGUCAAGACGUCACUUCAGGGGACCGUCUGCCUCUGAUACAACGAGCGACGAGGGCAUCAAGCGCGAAAUGCCCGAGUUGGGAUUCGGUGCCGAACGUCUCGUGGGAAACCUUUCCACUCGACUAG